AACACCAUACCAGCGACGGAAAGAAGAGCAUUUCUGCCCUCUCGAGAUGAUCCUAUUCGUCCUGACACGCCACCAAUCAGUCCCAUAAACGCUGCUCGUACAGAAUUAGGCACAUUUGAUACACAUCUUGGCCGUUUCGCAAAUGGUGUGCCCAACAGGGUUGUACUUCACACGGAUCAGAUGGCAUCAUUGGAGAAUAUGGAGAGGUUGAAAGUCCCACCGAAAGAACCGCUUCCAAAGAACUAUUUGAAAACAACAGUUGAGCAACAUUUCGCAACUUAUCCCGACCAUAGGCAGGGACUGUUUCCAGCAGUUAAUCAACCUCACCCAUGGUCGCAUAAGGCAUUGGUGUUUCGUUCACCAACCCAUGACACAAGCGCAUCUGGAUCAUUGAGCCAAACAGAUUCAACUUCAACAAAUCGCUUAACAACGCCCAGUCAGGAUAAAACCUUUUCCAUAGAAAAUUUCCCUUCUGCACCGUACAGUAUAGCGCCAAGGCCAAAACAAGCAAAAGGUAACGAUCUUUUGGAGACUGACCGACUUGGCUCAUGGUCGAUGGGUAGAUUUGAUAAAGAAGAACCACGCUAUACAACACCCGAACCGAGAAGGGAUACAACUGCUGUGAUAUCAGUUUUACAAGAAAGGACAACUCGUGCCACCAUUGAUACGUCACUGCCAUUGUCAAACGGAAAGUUAGCUUCUCUACCUAUGUUCCAACCAUAUCAGAGUCCCGAAUCCAUCACAGGAAGCCAUGCUCUUCGUGAGGUGUAUAACAUUCGACAUCAUGGACGCCCUCGAUUUGUUAAGAUAGAUCUCAGCAAUGAAUGA